AUGGGCAAGAAAAUUGUCUUCAACAUUUCCAGCGACUUCCAACUUAAAUCACUGUUGGGAGAAGGCGCUUAUGGAGUUGUUUGUUCUGCGGUUCAUAAGCCUACGGGUGAAAUUGUAGCUAUAAAGAAAAUUGUUCCAUUUGAUAAGCCGUUGUUUGCAUUGCGGACAUUAAGGGAAAUAAAGAUACUAAGAAGGUUUCAACAUGAAAAUAUAAUUUCAAUCUUUGAUAUACAGAAACCAGAAAGUUUUGAGAAAUUUAACGAGGUCUACAUUAUUCAAGAGUUAAUGCAAACUGAUUUACAUCGAGUCAUUGCCACACAAACACUAACUGAUGAUCACAUCCAAUAUUUUAUCUAUCAAACUUUAAGGGCAAUCAAAACAUUGCAUGGAUCAAAUGUUAUACACCGUGACCUUAAACCUAGUAAUAUAUUGAUCAACUCAAAUUGUGAUUUAAAGGUUUGUGACUUUGGAUUAGCUAGGAUAAUAGAUAGCGGGGAGAAUGGUGAUAAUGAGGUCGACAAGAUCGGAAUGACGGAAUAUGUUGCAACUCGAUGGUAUCGAGCACCAGAAGUGAUGUUAACAAAUGCCAAGUAUUCAAGAGCGAUGGACAUAUGGUCUUGUGGAUGCAUACUUGGGGAGUUAUUUUUGAAACGACCACUAUUUCCUGGGAAGGAUUACAGACACCAAUUGUUGCUAAUUUUUGGAUUAAUUGGUACGCCAGACUCAUCUGACAAAAGCAUGGAAUGCAUAGAGUCGAGAAGAGCGAGACAAUAUAUUGCAUCUCUGCAAAAAUAUCCGCCUGUUCGGCCAUUGCAGAAAGCAUUUCCGGGAGUUAAUCCCGUGGGUGUGGAUCUUUUAUCUCGCAUGCUAGUAUUUGACCCUAGAGAGCGAAUAUCAGCUGAUGACGCUUUGGCACAUCCUUAUCUGUCUACUUAUCAUGUUCCAGAGGAUGAGCCUGCCGGUGAACCUAUACCUCCUGAUUUCUUUCAGUUUGAUCAGUACAAGGAAGUUCUUACCACAAAGGAUCUAAAGAAAUUGUUGUGGAACGAAAUCUUUCAUGAACAAGCAACUUAA